AUGCACUGCAUAACCCCAGGCGGUGCUGAAAGGAGGGCCGCUGUCGAGAUCGGUAUGAAGUAUAUAAAAAGGAAAAUUGCUCUAGAGAAGGCCCACAAAUCAGGAUUGGCUAAUAAAGUGGCCAAGCUGAAUAGACAUGAGGCUCAGGUUGUAUAUCUUUUUGAGUCCAGCCUGAUGGGUCUAAACAAAGAGGCCAUUGUGCGUGGAUUUGAUCCCGCUGCAGUGAUGAGCGACAUGGUCUUUAGCAAUCCUGGGACAGAUGUCGUCGACGUCGGCUCAGAUCUAAACAACUCGGAGUUGGUGAACUCCUUCCUAAACACGGCUGAUAUUACUUCCACAGGCAUAGUCACCGAGGAAGCCCUAUUGAGAGUGUAUGAUUCUUAUGCCUGUACGGGCUCUAGGAUGCUAUGUGAACGUUGGAUGGAACCGGGAGCGCGCAUGUGUGCCGUACUAUUCACAUGGCAUAUCCAGAACAACAGACACCGAUUCCUUCGGCGUGCUCUACUUGGCUACCCCAAAGUGCGUAAGACGGUGAUGGAACCGCGCGAGGCGGACUUUGAUGAAGCCUUUGACCCUGAGAUGCACACUACUGGCUUCAGCAGACCGCUGCAGGGGGCUUGCAACGGCGGUGACCCCUGUGAUCAAGUAGAAGGUUUCCUACGCACACACGAUGAAAGCAACGGUUUACUGGCUGAGCUAUGGUUCUGUUUCAGUGGUAAUCUAAUGGAUUAUGUCUCCAAGGGUGUUGCAGACGAGGGAAUAGAGGAUGAAUUAUCUGAGAGACUCCAGCUAGCUAUGGUGCGGGCAUACACACUGGGGUUUGCAUAUGAGAUGGCAUGGCUGAUUGCCCAUGCUUCAUAUCAUGCCUGGCAGGUGAAUCGACUCUUUGAAGCGGCUAUGUUUGGUAGUCUUCUAGACGAUGGUGCCCUGAGCGGUAAGCUUGACAGACAAGAUGACUUCUGA